AUGCGUGGAGUUGUGUCUUAUUUGCCCGUGAAACCUGCAUUGUUAUAUCGUCAGCCGAGCACCUUAUCUUCUUCCAGUUUGAGAUUUGUUGUCAAAACCCCGCCAAACCAAUUACAGCCGAGGUUGUUAACACCAACACUGUUCAACCAACAGAGGUCGCUGUAUUCCAAGAUGGCUACUCCAACCGCACCAGAGGAUCCAAUUGUGAAGGCGUUGCAAGAGUUCACUACUUGUGACGUCUCCGACGCCCUGAUCAAGCUCAAGUACCGCAAUGGCGGGUUCCUAUCCGGGCUGACGAUGUGGUCCCCUCAGAGACAGGACGGGGAUACAAAGAUUGUUGGGCCGGCGUAUACGGUCCAAUAUGUCCCGCUGGACGAUCCUAGGCCGAAGCAUCCGAGUCAUUAUAUCGACUCUGUCCCUGCGGGGGCGGUUAUCUUUGUUUCUUGCCCUCCCAAGACUCCAAAUGCAGUUUAUGGUGGAUUGAUGAGCACGAGGGCGAAGGCGAGUGGUGCCGUGGGGAGUGUGAUUGAUGGACGGUUUAGGGAUUUGCAGGAGCAGAGGGGGCUGGGGUUUCCGGUAUUUAUAUUGGGCUCACUGUUUUGUGAUAGAGGGGCGAUUGCUAAUAGUUUGCUCAAGGUGGCGGCGGUCAAUGUGCCAGUCAAACUGCAGACUGAUGAGCAGGACAUGACGAUCAGGCCGGGGGAUUACCUCAUUGGUGAUGUGAAUGGGGCUGUGGUGCUGCCCAAGGAGUUGGCGGAGCAGGCGAUUCCGCUGAUGAAGAAGCAGGUGGAGGCGGAUGAGAAGAUGGCGGUGGAGAUUGCGAAGGGGAUGAGCUUUUCGGAGGCGAGUAAGAUGUUUAGGCUUUGA